AUGGGUCUCUGGGAAUCGUCCUUGGCGGAUCCCCAACCGGGUCCUUCCGUAUACACCGACUUGUUGUCCUUCGCGUUUCGGGGCCCAGUCCACUACGAUCAACAGCGCCCGAUCUUUAUCGAUGCCGAAGACCCCUCGCGUUCUCUCAAUGCCGCCCAGUUCAGAGUGCUGGUGCGUACUCUGAUUGCCGGUCUCAAGGCCCAUCAUGUCCAGCGUGGUGAUUGUGUCCUGGUCCACCUGGGAAACAAUAUCAUAUACCCCGCCCUCUUUUUCAGCAUUAUCGGUGCCGGAGGCGUGUUCAUGGGCUCGAAUGCCCGCAGCCAACCCAAGGAAUUAGAGCACAUACUGGAGUUGGCCGAACCCAAGUUGAUCAUCACUUCGCGCGAGGCAUUGCCAACUGUCCUUGAUGUUUCCGCCAGCCGAGGCAUGCUCCCCAGCCAGGUUUGCCUGCUGGACGAGACCGCGCCGGAUCACAUAACCCAGCUCCUUCUGGCCGGGCCAUUGGCUUAUGCCGCUGCCGGUGUAGCGUAUCUGCCGGGGGGUGGGGAUGGCUGUUGUCUGAACUUCGCCCACCUUCUCGGCUACGGCGAGAAUGAUUGGGUUUCUUUCGAUAACGAAGCCAUUGCGAAGUCAACGCCGGCCGCCAUGUUCUCCACCAGCGGAACCGGGGGUCUUCCCAAGGCUGCCCUGUUGUCGCAUCAUGCCAUUGUGUCGCAUCAUCUUAGUAUCCAUUACGACGUGCCCUACCAAGUAACGCGACUCAUGUCCCUGCCCAUGUUCCACCUCUUUGGGGCACUCUGGACGCACAUCUUUCCCAUCCGGUGUGGCCAGCCCUUGUUCGUGCUGUCCCGCUUCGACCUGACCCAGUUUGUGGCGGCGGUGUACCAGUAUCAGAUUACGGAGGCCUACAUGGUCCCGGCCAUGAUUCACACGUUCAACCGGACCCCGCUGCCGGUCGCCGACUACCUGUCGUCAUUGCGAUACGUCGGAGUGGCCGGCGCCCCCAUCGACGGGGGUUCGAUGCAGCAUUUCCAGGACAUGCUCCAUGUCGAGGCGCAGGCGUCGCAGCUGUGGGGAAUGACCGAGGUCGGCGUGGUGUUCCAGAACCGCUACGGAGACCCGGGAAGUGCCGCAGGGAUUGGACGGCAGGUGCCUGGCUACGAGGUGCUUCUCAUGGGACGCGAUGGCCACCCGGUCUGGGACGAAAACACCCCCGGUGAGCUGUAUGUACGUGGCGCCGGGGUGCUCAUUGGCUACAAAGGACGCAACGAUGCUACCGACGCACAGGGGUGGUUUCGAACGGGCGAUGUGGCUUACGUGAACAACGGAAAUUAUUUUAUUGUUGGACGCACAAAGGAGUUGAUCAAGGUCCGAGGAUGGCAAGUGGCCCCGGCAGAAAUAGAGGCAGUGCUGCUGAAACACCCCGGAAUCGAAGAUGCGGCCGUGACAGGCGUCAAUUCUCGAGAUGGAAGCACGGAAGUGCCGCGAGCCUUUGUCGUGCGAACGAAAGGGCCGACAGCCAGUCGGUUGACGGCGGAAGAAGUGUAUCAGUACGCGCGCCAGCAAUUGGCCAGCUACAAGGCGCUAGACGGAGGGAUUAUCUUUGUGGAGGAGAUCCCACGCACCGCCAGCGGGAAGAUUCAACGGUUCAAGCUGUCGCAGAUGAACACGUACCGAGAGAUAGUCACAUCCCUGCUAACGCGGUUCAAAGGCGCUAGUCUCCAGACGGUUGGGCUCAUGCAUCCCGAACGCAUUACGGUCUAA